CGUACCUUAUUCUUGGAACCAGCAUUCGGGACCUCCUCCAGCCCUGAGUCUGCACGAAUAUAUUGUUUUGUCAUUUCGAAACACAUGACUGCACUGGUUAUCGUACAGCCUAACCUCGGGACAUCGCCAAGUCGACAGUGAUGUGGUGUGUUGCCGUCCUCAGCGCCGCUUGAUCUCUGGGCAUAUUCAAUGGAUUCCGCGAUUCGGUGGCAAGAUGUUGGACUCUGCAUACGUGGACCAUAGCGGCAGUGACUCCCAUCAUCCUCGCUGUAGUGACCGCCUCAUCCUCGGUAAGUACUUGACUUUUCGAACUUCUCCCCAAACUGCUUGAGCCUACAUUGCGUUGCGAGACCUAUCUGCACCGAGCAUCACCACGUGUUUCUUCAUCCCCCAUCCCAUUCCACAAACAUAGCUUCGAACCGCAGACACCAUGGCGGGGUACGACUUCGGCGACCCCUGGAACUACAGGGUGUUCAAUCGACGAAUGCAAGAUUGGGAGGAAUGGUACGCCAACCAAGGCUUCGAGGGGCAGCCUGACGCAUAUACUCCAGAACCCGGAGGCAUGGAUCUUAUGGUACCCUCCGGGAUCUUUCCUUACGAAGACGGUCACGUGGAUCGAUACCAUCCCUUUGGGCUAGCGGACAUGCGAGGCAGCGGAGGCAGCGAGCCAGAAGAUUCCUGGAGCGGGCCAACAGAUUGGAGAUACCAGCCAGAUCCGUGGGGUGGAUACGGACUGGAAGCCAAUGCCGAGAUGGCCAGGUACGGCCAAGGCCGCAUCGAACCCUUGGAGACGGAUGCGGAAGAGGAGGCCUGGAAGUCGGAACCCUUCUUCCCGCCUAACCUCGAGCAGACCUACUGGGGCCGCCGCGAUCAGCCCGGAAUCGACAGGUUCCACCCGUACUUCCCUGGGUGGGCGCCUCCGGAGGGACCCCAGCGGCCGAAUGGAUGGCAUAUGCCUGUGGGUGGCGAGUAUGGCAUCUUGGCUAACGACGAGCUGGCGGUUGAGGGGAACGUUGACAGUCGCCAUAUGAGGGAUGGUUACGGGAGGUUGCCGCAUGGCUUUUACCUUGAUGACGAGGACUAUUACAUCGGUCGACUCCGUGGUGCUCGUCGGGUGGAGCGGCAUGAGAUGGCUAACCCUUGGGGGUGGCAUCCGAUAGUGAGGGACGACUACGAGGAUAGGCAUUCAGGACCUGGCGGCGGCGGAGCGUGAAGGCUCCUCCGAAAACGUGAGGCCAGAGCGGUUACUUUUAUAACCCGGUGAUGUGGUGUUGAUGGUGGUGGUAAUGAUCAUGACAGUACAAUAAUGCUGAUAAUUCCGAUGG